AUGUCCAGGCCCUCCCUCAUCACCUUCACCCCAGCCAGCGAGUCUAGUGACCUUUGGAAAGAUGGGCAGCAGCAGCAGCAACCACAGCCUGAGGAGCUGGAGUCCCCCUUGGAUGGGUCUGCAGUCCGUGCUUUCUAUGAGUCCCUGAUUGGAAGUGACAACAGCCCUCCUGAACCCCAGAGAUCGAAGCCUGAGCCUGCCAGGGAGAGAAAGAGGAAGAAAAGAAGACUGAUGAGGGAGACUGUGGCAGAAGCACGGACAGCAGCAGCUUCAGGGGGACAUGGACAAGAAGGAACCCUUGAGACAGAGGACAAGAUGACCCAGUGGAUAUUGAAAGCAGCUCAGGAGGGGAACCUGGCAGAACUCCGAAGGCUCCUGGAGCCCCGUGAGGCAGGAGGAGCUGGAGGAAAUAUCAACACUCAUGAUACCUUCUGGUGGACUCCCCUGAUGUGUGCUGCUCGAGCAGGCCAGGGGGCAGCUGUGCGCUAUCUCUUGGGCCGAGGGGCUGCCUGGGUGGGAGUCUGUGAGCUAGGUGGCCGGGAUGCUGCCCAGCUGGCUGAAGAAGCUGGUUUCCCUGAAGUGGCUCGCAUGGUCAGGGAGAGCCAUGGAGAGACAAGGAACCCUGAGCAUUGGCCCCACUCUCGUUCUCCCCAGUAUUGUGAGACCUGUGAUGCCCACUUCCAAGAUGCAAACCACUGCACGUCCACUGCUCACCUGCUGUCGUUGUCCCGGAGUCCCUGCCCCCCCAACCUUCCCCCUGGGGUGCCAGCCUCCAGCCCAGGCUUCAAGUUGUUGCUGAGGGGAGGCUGGGAGCCAGGGAUGGGGCUGGGACCCCGAGGGGAGGGCCGCGCCAAUCCUAUCUCUACUGUCCUCAAGAGGGACCAGGAGGGACUUGGCUACAGAUCAGCGCCCCAGCCCCGAGUCACACACUUCCAGGCUCUGGAUACCCGGGCUGUGGCUGGAAGGGAGCGAGCCCCUCGGGUAACCACACUGAGUCGGAGAGAAGAAAGAAGGCGAGAGGAGAAGGGUAGGGCUUGGGAGAGAGCUCUCAGGAUAUACAUGAACCUUGAGAUCUGA